AUGUCAGUACCGGAAUCCUACAGGGCCUUCCGACGUGCCCCGGGAGAGAACACUGGGACCAUCCUUCCGUCUAUGGAACGCAUCCCGCCGCUUCAAUCCAACGAGGUCCUAAUUCGCAUCCAUGCCGUUUCUUUGAACUAUAGAGACGUUGGGAUGAUCCACGGCAAAUAUCCAGUUUCAGUAAAAGACCAGGGAAUUCCUGCAUCUGACUGUGCAGGAGAGGUGAUUGCUCUAGGAUCAACAGUCAGCAAAGUAUCAUUCGGAGACCGCGUGUCACCAAUUUUUGACCUGAAGUACAUUGACGGGGUAGAUUCCGAACACAAGGUUGCUCAGCUAGGCGGAAACGUCGAUGGUGUACUUCGCCAGUAUGCAGUGUUCGAUGAGAACGUUCUUGUUCGUGUCCCACAACAUCUUUCUUGGGCUGAGGCUUCGUGUAUAACAUGCGCCGGCACUACAGCUUGGAAUGCCUUGGAGAUGAACAAAAGUCAUGAUGGCAAAAGAAGUGCCCUGAUGCUUGGGACUGGGGGCGUCAGUUUGUUCGCACUAUUGAUCUGUCUAGGCGCCGGUAUUCGUCCGAUAAUUACAUCAUCUUCGGGUAAGAAGCUACAGAAUAUUGCAGCCCUUGGUCCAGAUGGUGUUAUUGACGCGGUUAAUUAUCGUGAAAAUCCUAAAUGGGAAGAAGAGGUCGCCCAGUUGACCAUGGGGAAAGGUGUUGACACCGUGCUCGAAACCGUCGGGGGCACGAGUAUCCAAAAGAGUGUCGCCUCCAUGUCCAUCCGCGGUCAAAUCUCUUGGAUUGGGUUCCUUGGUGGACUGCAACUUGACGACUUCGUCAAAGCCUUGGGGCAACUUUUCUUGAAAGUGGGUACAUUGAAGGCAAUUCAAGUUGGCUCGAAGAUCGACCAAGAGAAUCUUUGCCGGUUCCUAGAGGAGAAGCAUGUUUCCUUGAAACCGAUUGUAGGCAAAACGUUCGAUUUCACGGAAUCACCGGCGGCUUUCGAUUUUCUCUACUCUGGGCAAUGCCUCGGAAAAGUUGUUAUUACCGUAUCCCAUUGA